GGCGCCGCCGCCCCCGGGUGAUGCUCAAAACAGUCCAAACCCCACACGGGUGGUUCCCUGCAACUCUGAGUCGCCGCCAAUCUUAAAUGGCAGGCCCAAGGUACCGAUCGAUACCUGCGACAGCCACGUCGAAUGUAUGGGUCGGCUAAGUCACUCGGCGGCAACCCCCUUGGGGGCCUCUGGGGCCUUGGUUGGAGGCCCAUUCUCGAGCCCACCCCGGCUUUGAUUGUGGUGGCCGUCAGGAACCAGCCUGCCAGCGGGCACCCCCCAAGACUGGGCCAGUCUGAGCGAGAUACAAGUCGUCAAAAAGAAACGCCAGCCAGCCCAAUUCUCCCGGCGAUCGCCUCUGCCCUUUUGCUUCCCUUCUCCCAUCUCUUCUCUCCACAUCUCUUGUCUUGGCUUCCCACCCGUCAUCCACCGCCGAGAGCUGCCCGACCGCGUUGGCUAUACUGUACUCCCUUGCCUGCAGAAACAAAGCCAGCAACCGUUUCGACGGCCGAUAAUACUAUUGUUGAACACCAGACGACGGUAACAAGAACCGAAACGAGCCACGUCCAGCCCAGAACUGCAAGCAGCCGCAGCAGCAGCCAAACUCUAAUACGGCACAGUAAUUCCUCACGCACGUCAAAGAAUAUCAACCUGCGUCUACUCCAACGCGGCUAGCCUGUCGGACGGGUACGAUUGAUACCGGUUUGACGGUCGAUUUCCCCACCCCCUUCAGCCCCCAACCCAUCGCCCGCCGCAGCAGCAGCAGCAGCAGCGUUGGCAGCAAGCAGCAAGCAGCAUUAUUAGCAUUGCAUUGGAGGUCCAAGAAAGCUGCCAAAGUACUCUCCAGCUCUCUUCUUCGAGGGUUGCUUGUGACGGGGCACGUCAAGCGAACAAUCCAAGCGAAGGAAGCGAAAUUCCAGGUCGCCGCUCCGAGAUUCAAAUUACGGCAUCCGAAGGUACGCGGCUGGAUUACUAGAAAGGGGCAACUUCCGUGACGCGCACGGCACCCUCUACUCUAGUACGACGACGCACCUGCAGCACCAGUCACCCACAACAGUCAAGCUCACUCACCCAUCGCCGUCAUGAGUGACUACAAGUUCAAUGCUUUUCAGAUCAAACGUGCGGCACAUGCCGUGAGCAGGAGCGACGCCAGUUUCAAUCCUUUUGGUCACAUCUGGAAUAGCAAGGACCGUCGCCAAACGUGGGACGGCGAGGCACAGCGGCAGUUACCCGACGACGAUGAUAUCGAGACAGGCUCCCCAAUAGAACAUUCGCAGACCGCGCCGACAGGGGCUUACGGUGCAUCCAGCCACGCCGCCGCCGGGAGGACAAGCAAGGAUGGUGGCGCAGAUCUCACCGGCCAAGACCGGGAGCGGGAGAGGCCCGAUAGCUCCGGCGAUACCGUCGUUGCUUCCCAGGCCCCGGGUUCCGACUUCACCGCCGUCGACACAGGGGCCCAGAUGCGCAACCGGGUGCGGAUCGAGAAGGAGCCCAUCGACUCACCCGCCGGCUCAGGUCCCGCGGACGAGCCAAAGAAGAAGAAGGACCACCGUCUGUUCAAGAACGUCCAGCCCAAGGAGCCCUUCACAGUGGGCAACCAGAUCCAGCGCACCCUGUUGAGCUCAUGGAUCAACAUACUGCUGAUAGCCGCCCCUGUCGGCAUUGCCUUGGGUGCCAUCCCGAACAUGAACCCCAUCGCCAUCUUCGUCGUCAACUUUGUCGCCAUCAUCCCCCUCGCAGCCCUCCUUGGCUUUGCUACUGAGGAGAUUGCACUGCGCACCGGCGAGACCCUCGGAGGUCUUCUUAAUGCUUCCUUUGGAAACGCCGUCGAGCUCAUCGUGGCUAUCAUGGCCCUGGUCAAGAACGAAGUCGUUAUUGUGCAGACCUCGCUUAUCGGCAGUAUCUUGUCCAACCUGCUGCUGGUCAUGGGCAUGUGCUUCUUUUUCGGCGGUCUCCGCAGGCAAGAGCAGUUCUUCAACAUGACAGUCGCCCAAACUGCCGCUAGUCUUCUGGCUCUCGCUAUCGCAGGCAUCAUCAUCCCUACAGUCUUCGACAGGGAAACCAAGCUGCCGGUCGAAGCGACAGCCGCGCUUUCCCGGGGCACAUCAGUCGUUUUGCUGUUUGUCUACGCGGGCUACCUGUACUUCCAGCUCAAGACCCAUCACUCGGUCUUUUCCGAGGAGAGCCAGAAGGUGCCCAUGCGGCCUAAGAAGAACGACCUGGGCCCCGGCGCUAUCAAGAAGGGUCUGAUCGGGCCCACAGGGCUUAUUGGUAUGCCCGGCAAACACGACGAGGAGAGCAGCAACAACAAGAAGCUCCAGCAGAUGCUCAACGCGGACCCGAGCAUGGACGACGAGGAGGAGGAGGGGGAGGAGCCCCAACUUUCCUUCGGCGUCGCCAUGGGCACACUGGCCGGCUCCACCGUCCUCAUCGCCUUCUGCGCCGAGUUCCUGGUCGACAGCAUCGACUACGUGACAACCCAGGGUGGCAUCAGUAAGGAAUUCCUCGGCCUGAUUCUGCUCCCCAUCGUCGGAAACGCAGCUGAGCACGCCACUGCCGUCACGGUCGCCAUCAAGGACAAGAUGGAUCUUGCCAUCGGUGUCGCUGUUGGUUCGAGCAUGCAGGUCGCGCUGUUCCUGAUCCCGCUCCUCGUUAUUAUCGGGUGGGGCAUGGGAAUUGAUGCCAUGGGCCUGAGCUUCGACGUCUUCCAGGUUGCGGUUCUGUUCGUCUCGGUGCUCUUGGUCAACUACCUGAUCGGCGAUGGCAAGAGUCACUGGCUGGAAGGAAUGCUUUUGAUGUGCCUUUAUGUGAUUAUCGCAGUCUGCUCGUGGUACUAUCCCGCCGACGAGAACGUCUAAUGGACUAUAAAGUGUACAUGAUCGAAAACAGAAAAGAAAAUGCUAAAAUUUCCGAAUCAAACAUCUGUACAUGUGUCGAUUCCAAAAAGUGUACAAUAAUGCACCCAAGCACCAACAUCUGCAACUUUUUCUAACGACCUCGCACAAACAAAACUUUGAAGAGAGUGCGGCACACUUCGACAGCGGAGUCUAUCUAUACCCCAAGGGCCGACAGCGAGCAGUUGAGCAAACCGCAAUUAACGACCACUUAUCCCCCACAACGGGCGUUGGAGGCAGCAAUGAAUGUUUUUCUUUUCCUUCUUAACGACACGAACCUUGCGUUCCAUUCAUGGUCAGGGUAUCCAGGGAAUCCAAGAGCGAAUCCUUACCUACGAACAAAUUAAACACUUUUUGCAGCCUUCUUUUCAAGCGGUUUUAUAUUCUUCUCCAUACACAGUUCUUCUCUUUUUGGUUCGAUUCUUCUAGAAAGGUGGACGGGCAUGUGGGUGGAUGCUGUGUCUUUUUUUUUCGGUCAUCCUGACUGUGGUCGGUCUUUGUGGACGUUGGUGGAGUAGGGCAGGGAAGUUUGUCGCUCCGGAUACGGGGAGACGGGGAGAGCGGCCUUUUGUGGCUUGAGCUGAGAGAUGGAGAUAUCUCGAACGUGUGCUCGUGGGUGGAAGUUUCAAGUUAAAUAAAAAUUGAAAGAUAUCCCGAUCAA